AUGGCAUACCAAACCUCUUUCGACAGAGCACCUGGGCCAGGAGUGCCCCAAAUAUUUGUCGAACAGGCAUAUGAUGACGCGCGCGAUGGUGCAGUGCGGUACAACAACAACAACACGGCAAUUGGCACAAUACCAACUUGGGUUCAGCUUCCCAUGUAUAAUCAACAAACUCGUUUGGAACGUCAACUUCGGCAAAAUCAAGUCAGACACGCAAGCGGUGUCAAUAAUCAGUCCUUCUGGCCACCAGGCGUUCUGAAAGCCUUGGUCACAAAGGAGGCUAUUGCGAAUGAGUUAUCCCAGGCCAUCCGAGGACUUGACCGAGAUAAAGCAAGCGAGAUAGCGAGACAGGUGUGGCAAGACAGAUCUGGGCCCUCCAUUAAGGUUUUCACUAUUCUUCUGUUUCUGGGCAAACUCGACGAUUUCGUGUAUCACAUCAUGGGGUGCCGAGUUGGUGUACGAGACCACAACCUGCCGUUAUCCUUGGACACUGAUCCAUGGGGAUCAGAUUUGCUUCUCGAAGGAUUUGACACAUAUCAAAGACGCCUUACGAUACCGAUCUUCAGGUUGAAGAAGGAUGAUAACACUCUCAUCCAUUUGGAUUUGAAUGCAAGGGAUAUUCUACCAUGGUGCGAAGAAAAUACUGUCGCACCGAUUAACGCGAUGUCAGGUGGGUUUGGAACAGUCACACGGAUCAAUGUCGCCGGUGGCCUCUUCGCCAUCAAGAGAUUAAGGCAACAGACUCGAAUAGACUUUCAGCAGGAGGUUACUGCUCUUGAGAGGUUCAACGGAAAGGUCCAUCCCCACCUCGUCACUCUCCUGGCGACUUUCACGCAUGGCGGCUACUAUCACAUGAUCUUUCCUUGGGCUGAAUGUGACCUCGACAGUUAUUGGGCGAAGCACCCGACACCGGACCCGGAAGACGUGGGCUUGAUACGCUGGCUUUCGCAACAAUGCUUGGGCAUCAUGGAAGCAGUGAGCGUUAUUCACAACCCUGCUCACCUCCUGUCAGCUAGUCGGUUUGGCAGGCACGGAGAUAUCAAGGCGGAGAACAUUCUCUGGUUCAAGUCACAAGACCCGUAUGACCGGGGCAUCUUGGUCAUCUCCGAUCUUGGCCUGACAGCCAUCAACAGCGAAAAGAGUAGAUCAAUGCGACCAAACACGGACCUGAGGGUAACGCCGUCUUAUAGGCCUCCAGAGUGUGAUAUAAAGGGCGGAGUUGUGUCUAGAGCUUUCGACAUCUGGACCUUGGGCUGCCUCUACCUUGAGCUGGUCUGCUGGUUGCUGACGGGCAAUCAAGGAAAACUGGAAUUCGAUAGUAGACGGACGACCCCGUUCAUCUUUGGGGCUAACGCGGAUGUCUACUUCGAUAUCAAAAAGCCGAGGAGGGACACAGCUGGGAAAUACAUCUUCCAGGUCAAAGGUGCCGUAUCGAGGACCAUACGUGGACUUCACGAGCACGAAAGGAGCUCACUCUGGACCCACCACCUGCUGAACAUGAUAGAGGACGACAUGCUGGUGGUACUAUCAGAAGGCCAUGUUCGCAAGACGUCCCGCGAUCUGCUCGGAAAUCUAAGAAGCAUGCACCGCAGGGCUCAAUCAGACGCUGGCUACUGCACAACUCCAGCGCCCCAGGCCAGGAACUCCAACUUGCGAAGGCCGACGCGGACCCUUGCGGAGCUCAAUGAAGUGGCGCAGAACAAAGUCAGAGAGAAUCCAGUGCGCACAGAUGAGUCAGAUGAUCGCCCAUGGCAGAGCUCUCUGCUGCCAGAUGCACUAGGACGACUGGAUAUCUAG